AUGUGUCGUCAUGUGCCAGGUCUUCUACUUUCCGUCCGUCCAUCACUCCUCAGUCAUGUGCCCCAUCUGUUCUGUCUCAAUGAACGGGUGGUAUUGAAUGGCACGUGGAAGCAUGGCUUCUUCUCCUUAUCAGCCGUUGCUGCGACCAACGUCGGCGAUAUAGUCAUUGAUGCGGAGCCGUCGUUACGAACAAAUUUGGUGCGGCGAAAGAAGGACAAGAUGCUGCACACGGAGGUGGAUAUGCACAGCGCGUACCUUCCUGGCGAUCGAGUCGGCGAAUUUCGCCUGGGCUCCACUGUCGUCCUGGUAAGUACAGCGAUAACGGUCCAACCGCUCUUCAUGUGUUUUUUCUGGGCGCUCUAA